GACGUGGAGAGGCAGUCGGCGCUGCAGAGACGGAGUCAGAGCUCAGCUCACUCCACAUUUUACGGAGGCUUGUCAGCACUGGGCGCCACGACCGAGUGUGAUCAAGCGCCUUAAUUCACCCGAACCUGCCGAGGAUAAGUGAAGAAACCCCGGGGAACAGCACGGAGCAGUCCGGGGGCACAUGGAAACGCUAUGUAGCUGGAAACACGGCGGUGGACUUUAUCACAGUUUCACUAGAGAGGAGGCGAAGUGAGCGGCGAGAUAAACAUGCUCACCCCGAUGCUGGCCUCGCUGCUGCCUCUUCUCCUUCUCUGUCGGAUUUCUUUCUGCCAAUACUCAAGCGAUCAGUGCAGCUGGAAGGGCAGUGGUCUGACUCACGAAGGCCACGCCAGGGACGUGGAGCAGGUGUACCUACGUUGCUCCCAAGGCUCUCUGGAGUGGCUCUAUCCCACAGGGGCCAUCAUCGUCAACCUCCGACCCAACACGGUCUCCCCUGCAGCAGCUCGCCUCUCUGUCUGUGUUAAACCCUCCACAGACUCCAGCGGCACCAACAUCUACCUGGACCGCAAUGGCAAGCUGCGGUUACUGCUGCGCGAACAGGACCAGGCUCAGGGCAAGGUGCACUGCUUCAGCAUCCAGGAGGGAGCGCUCUUCAUCGAGGCUGUUGCACGCAUGGACAUCAGCCGGCGCAUCACAGCGUUCCAGUACGAGCUGGUCAGCGACAGGCUGGGAGCAGAAGCACACUCACUGGGUGCACCCUGUCAGCCCUGCAGUGAUGCUGAGAUGCUUCUAGCAGUCUGCACUAAUGACUUUGUGGCACGGGGUAGCAUUAAGAAGGUGGAGCAGGAGGAGGAGCACUCGUCCGUCACUGUGCAGAUCAGUCACCUCUACAGACAGAAGACCCGCGUCUUUGUAUCUGGUGGCGUGAGGGUACGGACCUGGACUGGCCACAUCAAGAUGCCCCUGCAGUGUGGGGUGAGGUCUGGUGAGGGUGAGUUCCUCUUCACUGGGACUGUGAGGUUUGGGGAGGCCUGGAUGGGCUGCGCCCCACGCUACAAGGAUUUCCUGCGGUUGUAUCAUGAUGCACAGCAGCAGGGGACCAACCCCUGUCACGUGGACACUGAUUGACUGGGUUACCUGCCCAUGCUUGGAAAUAAGGACAAGUACUCAGUGGGGGGGAAAAGAGCUGAACCAAGUGUUCAUGCUGAGGAGAGAAAAGACUGAGAGACUGGCCCAGUGGCAGCACCUCUCUCCUCUCUUGCUGUCCCGUGACUCUUUGGAAACAAUGAAUGGAGAUCCUGGACGUUGCCAAGCAGCAGGUUAGCUGGACUCAAAAGAGAACAUGAUGCAAAGUGGAAUGUGUUCGGACUGCCUUUUCCUGCAGACGAGGAACUCCCCAGGUUUUAAAUGUAGCAGACCCCGUUUGGUUUCUAUGUGUAUAAAAUGUGAAUGGACAUUGUAUAUUUUGAAGCUCUGUGUGCUUUGUAAAAAGCUUGAUGUACAGUUCUGAAGUUAUUUCUUAUGACAGAAAUGUAUAAAGUGAAAGCCUCUUAUUUUUAUUUUGUUUAAAAAAUGAUUUGCAAUUUAAUGCCUGAAUUCAUGAGCUGUUCAGGCUGUACAAUUGUUUAAAAAAAGACAAAAACAAACCAAAAAAAAGCAAAAUCUCUUUUGUUCUUGAGAAUAAAAGCUUUUAUUCCAUGGAA